AUGAUGGAAAUGCCGCUCCGUGAGCUCAAUAACGCCUUGUUGCUCGAGCCGCAAGAGUCUGAUCUCCUCUUCAAGUUCUGGAAUGAAGUCGUCGGCGUCGAUACUAUUUUUGCUGGGCCUCACCAAAUGGCGGCUUGGGCUCAUGAGACGCUCCUUUUCUCUUCUCACUCCAGUUAUUGGGCUUCUCAACGUACAGAUAUACCAAAGCGCCGCUCUCUCGAAAUGGACACAUCUAUUCAGCGUCAUAAUAACGCUCGAAUCGCCCCAGGCAUUGUGAUAGUCAUGAUUCUCGUCCACGAGGCCCCUAUCACGGCGCCUUUGCGCCUCACAUUCGAUUCGAGUAAUGUCAGCUUCAAGCUGUGA